AUGGAUUUCGACCCCGCCGACUUGGCGAAGGCAAUGUCAUUGCUCUCCUUGGGCCGGUUCCACCCGAAUGAUCAUCAGCUAAUACUCCAUUUCUUGACCCGCAAAGCCAUGGGCCUCCCAUUGCCUCAAAACAGAAUCUACAUCACCGCCAUUGACAAAUGGACGAAUCCCCAAGAACUCACUGAUAAAAUACCGCUGGUGGAAGAUUCAGAGAGGUAUUUUUUUGUAAGAACAGGGAUUUUAGUUGCAGAUGAUCGUCGAGACGAUGUGGUUGGUGGAAGGGGAUACUGGAAACCAGCGAGUGAAAUUGCGGAGGAAAUUGUUUUUAAUGACGACAAGAUUGGUGAAAAAAGGGAACUAAUCUACUUUGAAGCUGAUGGAUCGGAAACCCAGUGGGUCAUGGAUGAGUAUAGGAUGUUCUUGGCUGAUGAACCUCCUUCUUCCGCUAAACCGGACAAUGUCGAGGAAUGGUUGGUGUAUAAGCUGAGAAACAAAAAGGACGUUGACGUCUAUGAUAGUACUGAUCUGGAUGAAUCUGAUGAUGUUGUUAGCCAGAUAGCAAGAGAGGCAGCCGCCGCCGCAGCUCUCUGCAUUCUUUAUGAGCUACUUGACAACGAGGAAGAGGAUGCGCCGCCGGCGUCCUCGACGAGCACAUCGGAAGAUCUGCCAGACCCCAAGCGAAGAAAGGGAAACACGUCUGGUGUUAUCGUUGCAGAUAAUUCUGAUAGUGAUGAUGAUAAAAAAGAGAAUUAA